GCUAUGGUCAAGGCAUGGCCAAACAGAGAAUUCAAAUACCACAAACAUGGCAGCCACUCUGGCUCUCUCUUAUUCUCCCACCACCAGACUCCCACUUCCAUCCUUCUCAUCACUGCUCGCUCCUCUUCCUCACUCUGCCAUUUCUCCAAGGAGGAGAACUAAUCGUUUCAAAAUCCAUGCAGAACUAGGUAGUGGCGAUGGAGAUGUCAAGAAAGAAGGGAAGAAGAAAUUUAUAACUAGAGAACAAGAGCCUGAACAGUAUUGGCAAACAGCAGGAGAAAGAGAAGGGGAAAAUCCUAUGAAAACCCCACUACCUUACAUAAUCAUCUUUGGUAUGUCAACCCCUUUUGUAAUCCUAGCCAUUGGUUUUGCUAAUGGUUGGAUUAAGGUACCUAUUAGAUGAUUUGGUUAAAAUUGCGGCACCAAAAAUAUCAGCAGAGCCAUCAUGAUGAGUUUUUGAAAUUAAUUAUAGUGUAUUUUAAUAACCACCUUAAUUGCCACCUUUUGAUAUCUUCAAUGGAUAUUUUUUCUUUUCACCUUCACAUUUGUUUCAGAUAUGUAUGUAUGUGGUUCUCUCAUAUAUGAAUCAAUACUUGAUUCUUAGUGUGUUA